AUGCCAAAGCGUCCUCCUGCUCGGCCGCAAGCCACUUCGCCUUCCGAUCACGCACCACGUUCAGCUUCCAACACCGCCAACACUUCGGCCACGUCGGCGUCGAGGUACUACGACCAUCGCUUACACCGCACAUCCUCGUCUUCCUCCUCUUCCUCGUCGCCUGCUUCCGACGUCACGCUUCCACCUCUGCGCACCGCCUUGGCUUCCAGCACGCCCAUCCCGCACGGUUCUGCCCUGCCACCUCCUCUGCUUCCGCCUACCUCCUUGGCUCAGCGCUCCGAGUCUUCCUCGUAUCAGCAUAGUGGUACUGGCUCUGCUUCAAGCCUGUACAAACCCUUCGUAUCGCCAGGCCAUCUCAUCCACAGUGGUCGUGUCACCCUGCCCGCCACCAACGCCUCGCCGCGGCCCACCCCUCAUCCACCCACCAACACUUCACAGUCUGCCAGCAUGAAUUCCAAUUCAGAGGACUCCUCCCUCCCAUUGAACGGCGCAGAUACUGCCAGCUCGGAUGCUGCAAAGAAAAAGUCGACCAAGAAAGCCGUCUCGUGCGAGCCGUGUCGUCGACGCAAGCUCAAAUGCGAUCGAGGAUGGCCUUGCGGUGCAUGUCGUGAUCGCGGCGAGUCCAGCAAGUGCGAGUGGGCCGAAGGCGUUCGUCCUCAGACUACCGGUAGAGACACCGGAGACUCUUCACAGGUCAAUGAACGCCUCGAUCGUCUCGAAGCCAUGAUGGGUGCCAUCGCAGGAUCUCUCGGUGUCGAGCUGCCCGGCUCCAAGACUUCUUCAUCAUCCACCUCAGCGCAAGCUGCCCACAGGAAAGUGAGCUCCGCCAGCGCCGCCUCGUCAACCACAGCCUCUACCUCCAAGCUCUCUACGCUCGCAGAGCUUGGCGCCGUCGAAGCCAACAGAGCCGCUCUCGCCUCCACCUCUUCCAACGACAGUCGCACACCGCGUCCCUCCUACGCAGCCGGCUCUAUCUCUUGGGGCUUCGGUUUCGGCUUCUCGCAAAUGCAUCAGUACUCUUCAGAGGAGCUAACGCGCAAGACGUUGUUUGAUCUACUCACUCUUCUGCCGGACAACAGCAUCGUUCGCAGCCUCACCGACUUUUACUUCAGAGAACUCUCCUGGAUGGCUCACCUCAUCCCCGAAGACAAUUUCCGCAAGCGACAACGCACCAUCGAAGAGGUCAGACUCUUCUGGGAUGGCCGCCCCGAUGCGCUCCCUUACGCAGAGAUGCGCGACGCCCUACGACUCGUCGCCACCAUUCACGCUCUCUGCGGUGCCGCGCUCGUGUUUGGCGAACCGUUGGAAGGCGAGAUCCUGCUCGAAAAGUUUGGCAAGCAAGCCUUCACCGUUUUCUUGGACGCGGCUCAGCAUGCGCUCACCGUGCUUGACAUUUACGAGGAGCUUCACAUCGACAACGUUCGCACCAUGGUCCUGUUGAGCUCGUGCCUCAGUGCGCUCAAAGGUCCGGCCGUCGGAUCUGCCAUGAUGGCCAACAUCUGUUUUAUGGCGUAUGCGCUCCAGCUCGACGUCGAGCCUCCCGAAUCUAUGCCGGUCGAUGAGCGCAAGGAUCGCAUCGGUCUCUUCGCCACGCUCUGCAUCCAGGACUGGUUUUCUGCGGGCAACGUCAAGCGCAGCUACAUCAUCGACCCGGCCAACACCAGCCUGCCCUCGCUUUUCGGUCCGGACGCGCACAACAACGAGAUGGUCUCGCUGCCCAUGCGAUACAAGAUCAAGCUCAGCGACGUCGCUCGUCGCGCAAGCCAUCGCAUCCGCAUGAGCGAGGAUGAAGCGUACGAGUUCACCAAGCAGCUGCAUCAAGAGGUUGUCGCCAUCGAGGCCGGUAUCCCCGAACAUCUUCGCUUCGACGACUCGCUCAUCGACUCGGCGGAUGACCCGGACAAUCCAGAAAGGUGGCACCGAUCCGCCAUGGCUCUGGCAGUGCAGAUGCAACUGCUCACCCUCCACAAACGCUUCUACGUCCAGUCGUGGACCAACCCCAAGUACAAGGAGUCGAGAGACAUCAGCUUUGCCGCUUCCAUGCUCAUCAUCAAGGUCUUCCGCAACGCUUUCAAGUGGUUCACACCGCGCGAGAAUGCCACGCUGGAUGAACAGCGAGCCGUGAUCAGCGAGGGGAUGCGCACCCAACACAAUUCCGUUUCGCGUCUGUGGUUCUUUGCCCAGAUGUCGAUCAUCGCCUCGCUCGUGCUCAUCCACUUUGUUUCGAUGCUCGACACGCAUCCGCAAGAGUCGUGCGACUGGGACAGCUCCGAGCUGCGUGCGCAGAUCACCGACGACCUCAAGUUCGUGCGUCUGCUGCUUCAAGCUCUGUCGAGCAAGUCGAAGCUCGCCAUGGACGGAGCCCGGGCGAUCCAACCGCCGGAGUCCAAUCGCAACAAGCGCAAAGCUGACGAGGCGCUCGCCGGCUCGAGCCUUCCGCCCGGUGCAACACGAGGCGGUGGACCGUUGCACAGCCGUUCGGCCGACAGUCUGCCUGUCCGUAACCCGAGCUGGUACUCGACCUCAUCGGGCUACUCGGGCGGAUCUACACCUGGUUUGACUCAAGCUCAACGCACCUCGCCCGCCUACAAUUCGCCUGGAUCGGGCAGCAACAGCUCGCACAGCCUUGCGCACUCGGCUUCGGCCUCGUCUCUCGAGCGGCCCAAGCUGCCCUUCGACGGUCAGGUGGCGCCUCCGAGUGCCAACUCGUUCGACGACAUAGAAGCGCUCUGGCAGAAGCAGCCGUGGCAAACCGCCUCGCUUCGCAUGGGCACUUCGCCAGGCGUCUCACCCAACAACGGGUUUCCCACAAAGGGCCGAGCCGCGUCUGGUACAGGCAGCUCGCUCGUCCCCAACGGCGCCAAUGGCAGCGGCUACUUUGCGGGAACGGGAAAAACCGGCCAAGCUCGUCCACCGUCGGCGGCGGUCAUGCCUGGACUCACGGCUGCACCUACCAACGCCGACGCCACCAGCUCGAAUCCAGAUUGCCCCUACAUUUGCGCUAGCUUCUUCGGACCGGAUGCGAGCUUCAAUGAUCUGGCGCGCGCCGAGGCUGCCAUCGGCCGACAAGAUGCCAGUUAUGGAUACCCAGUGGCUCCCUUGAGUCCCUUCACGGCAUCGUUCAUCAACAGUUUGGAUCAGUACGUGGCCAGUCUGGACGAGCCUUUGCCGUCGGCGAGUCCGGCGGCGGUGCCGAUUCCUGUGACGGGCGUCAGUAUGGCUGUGCCUCAGAGUCAUGCUGUAGUCCAGGCCGCUGCGACAGGAAAUGGUAGCGCAGCGGCUGGGCCGAGAUGA